UUAAACAAGCUCAAAACAGCCACUGGUCAAGUCAAUUUAAGACACACUUCUAAAUAAAACUACUGAUAUUAGACUCAGAAGAGUUGGAGGUUGUACUUGAAGGAACAGAGUGAUAAACAUUUACCAUCAUGGCCCAGCAGACACAACCCUACCCUGGCAUGCAACAGCAGGCUGGCUAUAACCCAGGUAUGCAACAACAACAGAUGGUUGGACAGCCAGGUAUGGUGGUGGUAACAACUGCCCCCCAACAGUCACUCCCAGUUGUAAAAUCUUUCCGCGACACCCCACAGAGAAUGCAGUGCCCCAAUUGCAGUCAGGACAUUGUGACCGUUAUGACCUUUGUACCAGGUGUCAACACUAUUGUCUGCUGUCUUAUCAUUGCUCUCCUUGGAGGUGUCCUUGGUUGUUUCAUAAUCCCAUUCUUCAUGGACAGUUGCAAGGAUGUAAUCCACAAUUGUCCCAAUUGCCAAACAAAGCUGGGACGGUACACCAAAAUGUAACAGUGGAUUUGAUUGGUCACCUCUGCUGAACUGUGAACAUUCAUGAAACACUUUCUUGUUUAUGUAAAUUCUAACUGUGAUAAACUCUGCUAAAAAAUUUCCAGUGUUUAACAUAUACAAUUAAAGACCAUAUAUAUAUAUCUAGAUAAAUUAAGAUCACAAACUAUUAAUGUUUUUGUUGGUCAACAAAUGUUCUAAAAUUAAGAAUUAUAGAAAGAAGUUAAAUUUUGGAGAAAAUGAUGAGUAUCCUUCCAAAACUAUGAAGGGUUGCAAAGUACGGGCAGUACUAGUGCUACCUUUAUAUAUGUAUAUUACAUACUAAAUAUUUAUUUUAUUAAUGUCCAGCUGUAUCUUUUUUUACUUAAGAAAGGACUGUGAUAUUUUCCUUUUUUUUUCAAAAACAUAUUUCUUAAUUCUAAUUAAUAAAAAAUUUAAAUACUCUCUUAAAUUAUA